AUGCAAAAAAAAGGAAGUUUGGUUGUCAGGGCAUCACAUCUCUCCACAGAAGAAACCCAUCGCCAGUCCUCGAUCCCCCCCACAGCCAGUAUGUCAAAUCCAUCGUCAAAAGAUUAUUCGCGUAGGGGAAAUUAUGGUGAUACUAACAGGACACCAUCAGUACGCUCAGGCUCAUCAAUUCGAUUUCAAGAUUCAAAUGACCAAGGUUAUACACAAAGAUACCCGAGCUCAAGUACGCGCCAAGAAGGGUAUCUCCCUGCACGCCAAGGAGUAAGAUCUGACGACAGAAGCAGUUAUCAGGCUUAUUCAUACCGAGAUCGUGGAAGGGAAAGAUCUGAUACUCCAAAUGAACCAAGCUCAUAUCGCAGAGAAAGGUUUGACGGUCCAAAUGAACCAAGCUUAUAUCGAGGAAAAGAAAGAUUUGAUAGUUCCAAUCAAUCCAGCUCGUACCGUGGGAAGGAAUGGUAUGGUAAUGUCAGUGAAGCAAACUCAUAUCGUGGUGAUAACUAUAGACCCAGGAACAACAAAAGAAGAUACGAUGAGUACCAUGAUAAUUCUUAUAGACCCAACCAGUCGAGGAGAAGAGAUCAGUAUGAUGCAAGUUACCGUCUUGAAGCACGACAACUCGAGCAAAUUGACCCACCUCGAUCAGAUGCAAAAUUGUCUAAAGCUGAAAUCGAAAAUCGUAUUCUAGAGUUGGAACACCAUAUGACCAAUUUGGGUGAUACACCGUCAUUGAAUGGAAUUAAAGUUAUUGAUUCGCGAUGGGGUAUCAAAGCAAAAGGCUUUGAAAAAGUGAGUGCACCAAGAGCAAAAUUGUCAGGUUUGUUUCCAUUACCUGGAUUUCCACGUCCUGUUGACUUUACAAAGCUUGAAGGCUUGGUCAAGGAUAGACUUCAGAACAGCAAUGAUAUUUUGAAUGAAACAAGCAGGAUCGAUCCUGUUGACUCAAGAGUGGCAAAAACCCUAAUAGUUAGUGGCAUUGAAUACAUUAACUACUUGAAAAUUGUCGAAUUCUUCAACGACUACUUAAGGAUGAUUGAUUUUGAACAGAGCUCUAGUAACAAUAUUCACAGCAAGAAGAAAUUAAAGGACGACAAAACAUUGAUCAUUGAAUUCAAUAACAGUGAAUGUGCGACAAUUAUUUAUUCGCUCAAUGACACCGAAUUACUAUUCAAUGCCUACAAGGAGGAUCAUGUUGAAAGAAGGGAAAUAAGUGACAAAUUUAAGCUACAAAUAUCUAGGCCAAAUGAAUAUGUAGUUCAAGAUGAGACGACAAUUUCGGAAGAAGUAAAAGAAGUUGUUGAGGAUAGUCCGAGAAAAAUGUCACUCAUCGUUUCACCCAGUGUUUCGCCUAAUGACGCAAGUGAACAACUUCUGGCAUUGGCGCCUCUAGCUGGAAUGCAAUUUUUCCGACAAAAAGGAACAAAAGAGCCAUUAGGACUAAUAUUUGUGGAGUUCAAACUGAACCGUGAUGGAAUAAUUGAAAAGUUAAAGGAGUUACCCUUUGUAACAAAUGCUUUUUAUUCGUGCUUACCAUGUUUGGAAACCCCAAUACAAAUAGGUCCCAUUGACUACCACACAUUACCGAAAUUCGUAAACAAUGAACUUGUUCGCGCUAGAGCAAGUUCCAAAGUGGUUCAACUAAUAAAUGCGGUUUCAAUAAAAGACUUGAUGGAUGAUCUGAACGUGAAAUUUUUGUACAAUGAUAUGAAGGCUGAAGCAUCGCAAUUUGGAACGGUGGUGUCUAUCAAGAUUCCACGGCCUGCUAAUGACUUUACACCAGGACUACAACAAUUGAAUGUAGCUGGAUUGGGGAAAAUCUUUAUUGAAUUUGAUGACGAGAAUUCCGCAUUGAAGGCACUUAUGGAACUCUCAGGAAGACUGUACAAUGAUCGUACCGUGCUUGCAACUUACUUUGACCAGGAAGACUACAAAAGAAACAUCAUCUAG